AUGGAAACUCAGCUGAGAGCACAGCGAGUGAAAGCUGUGGUAUCUGCUCUCUGCAAAAUCCCACUCCUCUUUCUGUUCCUGUACAUCUUUGUGUGUUCCCUUGACAUUUUAAGCUCUGCCUUCCAACUAGCUGGAGGAAGGGUAGCAGGAGAUAUCUUUCAGGAAAAUGCCAUCUUGUCUAACCCAGUGGCAGGGCUGGUUGUGGGGAUACUAGUAACAGUGUUGGUCCAAAGCUCCUCCACCUCAACCUCCAUCAUAGUCAGCCUUGUCUCUUCUGGCUUGCUGGAUGUUAAAUCAGCUAUUCCGAUCAUCAUGGGCUCCAACAUUGGGACAUCAGUUACUAAUACUAUUGUUGCGUUGAUGCAAGCUGGAGAGAGAGAAGAGUUUGAACGGGCAUUUUCUGGAGCUACUGUCCAUGACUGUUUUAACUGGUUGUCUGUCUUGGUGCUUCUUCCCCUGGAAGCUAUGAGUGGUCUGUUGAGGUUUCUGUCACAGGCCGUGGUCAACUCACUACAGUUCAGUACUGCAGAGGAAGCACCCGAGCUUCUUAAAGUCCUCACUGAUCCACUCACAAACAUGAUUAUCCAGUUGGAUCGGUCAGUUAUUGCAGCCAUCGCUACUGGAGACGAAAGUGUGAGGAACAAGAGUCUGGUGAAGCAAUGGUGUCAAACCCUGUCUAACCCUAACAUGAUGGUACUGGACAAUGAAACAACACGGACAACAUACAACCUUUCAGAACAUACACAGAGAUGUAGGCAUCUCUUUGUGGACUGCUCUUUGUCAGACUUGGCCAUAGGUCUGAUCCUUCUGGCUUGCUCCUUGUUGGUACUGUGUAGUUGUCUGAUACUGCUAGUGAAAGUGCUCAACUCCCUGCUGAGGGGUCAGGUGGCCAGUGCUAUUAAUACAGUUGUUAAUACAGAUUUCCCCUUCCCCUUUACGUGGCUGGCAGGUUAUCUGGCUAUAUUAGUAGGAGCAGGCAUGACCUUUCUGGUUCAGAGUAGUUCUGUCUUCACCUCUGCCAUCACACCGCUAAUAGGGAUUGGUGUGAUCAGUAUUGAAAGAGCCUACCCUUUAACCCUUGGGUCCAAUCUUGGAACCACAACAACAGCCACACUGGCAGCACUGGCUAGUCCGGGGGAUAAGCUUGCAGCUGCCACACAAGUUGCUCUAUGUCAUUUUUUCUUUAACCUCCUUGGUAUCCUGUUGUGGUUUCCAAUACCAGCCACACGCCUUCCCAUACGUAUGGCCUGUGCCCUUGGUAACUUCACUUCCAGAUACCGCUGGUUUGCUGUGCUCUACCUACUCGUCUGCUUUCUGCUACUCCCAUCCCUGGUGUUUGCCCUCUCCAUGGCUGGCUGGAGGGUGAUGGCUGGGAUUGGCAUACCAGCCAUUAUGGUGAUUAUAUUUGUCGCAACAGUAAACAUUCUCCAGGUGCGCAGACCCGAUUGUUUGCCCAUCAGACUGCAGGAUUGGGACUUCUUGCCUGCUUGGAUGACCUCACUGCAACCCCUGGAUAACCUCAUCACCAGGGUGACUCUGUGGUGCAGACAAGGGAGAGGUUGGAGUUGUAAGGGAAAUGAUGGUCCUGUAGCAUCACUGGAAGGCAUUGCGGUCAUCCCUGAGAAAAAAGUAGGAGGAAAGGAACAAGAGAUUGAUAAGAACUGGGAGGAACACAGAAGACUGGAUAAACCUGGAUGUUGUGAUCUACAAUAUAACAAGCAAAACAACAGAGACAACACAGAGAAUAACGUGUCUGCAGGUUUAUGGAAUGCAAUUUGUCUGAACCGACUGGAGCUCGCCAGUGUUUUGGAGCAGUGGGGCAGCCGCUGA